AUGUCAAACCUGUCCCCCAAAGUCCACAUUAUCUCUCAUCCCAUCGCCCGGGCGAAGUUAAGCAUCGUGAGGAAUAAACUGACCGGAAACAGGGAAUUUAGAGAGUCCAUUAGUGAUCUGGGCUAUAUACUCGCCUUAGAGGCUAGCAGGGACUUGGAGGAAAAGACUUUCGAUGGUUCCACCCCCGUAGGGGACUUCACGGGUUCGGAGAUUGUUCCUUCAAUCGGUCUGCUGCCUAUUAUGCGUGCUGGUAUCGGAAUGGUCGAUCCUUUUUUGAGGUUGCUGCCAGAUGCCCGUGUUUAUCAUUUAGGACUAUUCAGAGAGAAAGUCAGCCUUCAGCCUGUCGAAUGCGAGUGCUUUACGACCCUUUAUUACUCGAAGCUCCCUUCGACACCCAACGUUGACCACGUUUUCUUACUAGAUCCCGUUGUCGCCACAGGGGGCACUGCUUGCGCAGCACUUCAAAUGAUUCUCGAUUGGGGCGUGCCUAUCGAGAAGGUGAAACUCCUCUCUAUUCUUGGGUCUCGGGAAGGAAUUACCGCUGUGUCCAAGCAAUUUCCCAAUCUGGAGAUAUGGACAAUUGCCAUCGAUCCAAUCUUGACUCAGCAGGGUAUCAUUGUUCCUGGACUUGGGGAUGUGGGUGACCGCCUCAACAACACACCCAAUGCUCACUAGGCAUCCUGCACAUCUAUCCCCUCCGUUGAUUCGUGCUGAAUGGCUUCAUAGAAAAACUUUGUGUUAUUGCCAAUAUUACUUGUGUAUUUUGUACAUACUACACUCCUCAAAUACAAGCUGUACAACUUUUAAACCUCG